AUGACGGCAAACCAAGAAGUUUGGUUAUUAAGUUGUCAAUAUACGAUUGAUAUGGUUGACAUAAAAAGUGCAAUUAACUACACUAAAGCACAUACUAUGAUUCCUGCACGCAUUGUAGCCGAGGCCAUAUCAACCCUCCAUGGCGAUGGUCUAGAGCUCAGAUGGUCAGGCCCUAUUACACCAACAGAAAGGGAAUAUGUCGGACAGUAUGUGUUAGCAAAGUACCCACAGUAUGCUGGUCUUGUUGAAGGAGAACAGUUUGAUCUCUCUAGAACUUGCGUCAUCAAAGAAUCUCCCGAAACCAUGCCCGACGACAAGAGGAAGUCACCAAGGGAGUCCUGCAUGCAAUUCGCCGGAAGCAACCUUCCCGACUUGGACAGGACCCAGUUGGAGCCGUCAAGGGACGCCAUGGUAUUGGUGGCGGAGAGCUACCCGUUCUAUCAGGGAAACCACUACAUGACCAUUCUCGGAGAACAAGACUGCAUUAAGGGUUUUGCCGGUUACAAGGAAUCCGGAGUGAUUCCGGCACCAGAGAGUUGGUUGGAUUUGAGGAUCAAAGGUUCACAACUAAGCCAGUAUUUCAGGAAGAAAAGUAAGCCCAAGCUCAAAGGUUUGUUCUCUUAUCCGGCUUAUGUAAACGGGAUUCAUCACUCAUUACAUUGGGUAUCAGAAGCACACUGGAACUCAUGGCAUGACUGGUCAUCGGAAAGGAUCACUUGA